AUAGGAAAUUAGAAAUGAAGAAAAAUAGAAAGCAAAAGCAAGAAGAGGUUCACAGUUUUUCUACACCCACCGCUUAACGCUCUCUUUAUCCUCCUCCAUCUUAUUCUUCGUCUUCUUCUUCUUCUAUCUUAGCUCCUCCUAAUACACACCCACUUUCUCUGCAUCGCCCGCUUCUAUGCUUUUCAUUUAAUUAUCACUUUUUUCAGAGGCCAAAAAACAUAAUAAACAGACGUGUUCUUGGAUUUAUUUCGGUUUUUAUCAGUAAAUAAUUUUAAAUGAUUUAUACGAUAUCGGGUGGGAUAUAGGAUUUGGGAUUGCUUAUUUAUGGGAUUGGACGAUGUGGAUCUUCUUGACGACGGCGAUGGUGGAGGCGGAGCCGGCAAGGUGUCGGCACCGGAGUCGUGUUCGAUUUGCCUUGAAACGGUGAAUCGUAAUGGGGAUAGAUCUUGGGCUAAGCUUCAAUGCGGUCAUGAAUUCCACCUGGAUUGCAUUGGAUCUGCCUUUAAUAUAAAAGGAGCAAUGCAAUGCCCCAAUUGUCGAAAAGUUGAGAAAGGUCAAUGGCUUUAUGCAAGUGGGCAUCGUUCUCUCCCUGAGUUUAGCAUGGAUGAUUGGGCCCAUGAUGAGGACCUAUAUGAUCUAAGUUACUCUGAAAUGUCAUUUGGAGUUCAUUGGUGUCCAUUUAGUGGUCUGACUAGACUGCCUUCAUCUUUUGAUGAAGGGGAUUUUUCUAGUUCAUAUCAUGAUCUUAUUCGACAACAUGCAAUUUUGGCUGAGCAUGCUGCUGUGUCUUCUGCCACUCAUCAAUGCCCAUAUAUUGCCUAUGUUGGUAUUCAUCCAUCAUCCUCAAAUUCCAGUGGAGGUGUCUCUGAUGGUCCUACUUUUAACAAUCACUGGAGCAGUCCUUCAAUUCCACAUGAAGUUCCUACUUAUGCUUUCCCAGGUGUGGAUGUCCACUAUCACAGUUGGGAUCACCAUUCAUCUGCUUUCCCUACAACAAGCAGCCGAAUUGGUAAUGCUGAUCAGCCCUCAAUUCCGCCUGUUCCUCAUAGAGCUGCUCGAACAAACUCUGAUAUACCAAGACAAGGAUCUUUUGUCCACCCUUUCCUUGUCAGUCACAGUUCUGCUGCUAGGGCAGGAAGUUCAGUUGCAUCAUCAAUGAUUCCUCCCUAUCCUGGAAGUGUGGCUCGGGCCCGCGACCGUGUUCAGGCUCUUCAAGCUUAUUUUCAACAGCCAAGCAAUUCACCUGGUGUUCGUGCCCCAGUAAUAGUUGGAACACGGAGAUCCAGUAAUCACCGGGGCAUGGCUCAAGUGAGUCCAAUGGCCUCAUCGUCUGAUCAGGCUGGUGGCUUUUACUUCUAUCCGUCUGCUUCAUCUGGAAGAGCCUUUCAAGAAGCAGAAAAUCCCAUGUCCAAUCGGUUCCCUAUUUGGGAGCGAGAACACAUGGGUGCGGCCUCCUCCUUGACCCAGGUUGAUCGAGAUCCAAUUUGGGGGUCGUUUCACCAUGGAGCUGGUGGGUCUGAUCCGGGAAUCAGAUUCAGCAGCUUUCGCCAGAGGCAGCAUGGAUCUGAGAGGAUGCCAUCUCAACAUCAUCGGUCAUAGGUUGGUUUGUAGUGUUAUGAUGAGAGGUAAUUACUAUGACUGAACCCACCCAAUUUAUGUAUGUUUGAGAUCGAAAACAAUCUGUUAAGGUUGGAGUCUGUCAAAGUGGACAGGUUCAGAACUGUUGUGUGGCCCUGAAAUGACACUCUUUAUGUAGUGGCCAAAUGCAUGGUUGUGUGAUAGACAGUGGCUGGCUUCCUCUUUGUUUCUUCAUGCCCUGCACUCAUCUGAGGUUUAAAAUAACCAUCAUCUGCUUUCAUCCUCAA